UCUCAUAUCAAACUGAAUGCCACCGGUUUAGCAUUCUGUUGCCCUUUAGAGCUAGCCCGCAGAGAUUACUUAUGCAAGCAUAGUUACUAGUCCCCUCUACUAACUAUGAUGCAAGUCAUAAAAGAAUUUGUAACGCAAUGAAGUAACGGCGCUUAAAGAAUUAAAACUGGUUUAACACAUGAUAAGCCAAUCACUGUACGGAAUUGAUGUCAAUCACGAGUCUUGUUAUUAAAUUAUAUCUGUCACUAAAGGUAACGCCUAUUUACUAAAAAAAGCAUUUUGAAAGAGAAAUGUAAACCAGAAGCAUUUCAUUGGGCAAGUGAUGAUAGGUUUGGUUUCUUGUUGCCAUGGAUAAUGUAAUACCCAUAUUACGUGACCUAGAUCAAGACAUGGUUGAAUGUCAUUAGCCUUGUUAUGACGCUGUAACUAAAUUCUGAUCAAUGUUGAAGCUCAUUAGUAUACGCUCAAGCUGAAGCUCUUGUAAUGCUGCUAGUGGUGGGUUUAUUUCGGUGGUAGGACAACUUUGAGCUCACCAUAGGAACUUCUACAAGGACAGAUACACUUCAAGUGAGGUUUGCGAAACGAAGCACAACUAGAAAGGCAUGCGCGUAAUCUUCGACGCGACGAUCUCGCCCGGCGGGGCUUUCUAAUUUGGCGAUGGAUGAUUUUGAAAUCGAAGAUGAAGUCUCGAGGCCUAUCGAUAUUAUGUUCGUCUGCAGUGAAUGGGGCUCUAAAAAGGGAGGCCUCUCCACAUUCAAUAGAGAGUUCGCUGUGAACUUAGCGAAGAAUUCUGUGGAUAACAUAAGAGUUCACUGCUAUGUAUGUGAGUGCACACAAGAUGAAAAACAAGAUGCGAGCAGACAGGGUGUCAAUCUCAUCCUUGCACGGCGCCCUCCAGGUUCCAGUGAUCCACUUGAAUCUAUAAAAAUUCCACCGCCUGAGCUGCCACAUCCUGAUGUCGUUGUGAGUCACGGACGGAAAUUUGGUGGUGCUGCUUACUUCAUUCGGAAGGUGACAAACUGCGUUGGGUGGGUGCAUUUUGUUCACGUCUCCUGUGAAGAUUUAGGAAAAUACAAAGCAGAGGGUGACACCGCGGAUGAUGCAAUCGCUGAAAACGAAGAGAAAAAUAAACGAGAGUUGGAGCUAUGCGAAGCAGCUGAUCGAGUUGUUGCUGUUGGUAUCGGUCUACAACUGAAAUACAUCAAACGAAUUCCUCACAUUAUCGUCAUCACACCAGGACUUUUUGAAAAGUUCGCUGGAAUCUAUCAGGAGAGACAGUUGGGCAGAGUUCCAAACGAGCGGCAGUUCAGCGUUUUUAUGUUUGGUCGUGGAAGCUUUGAAGACUUUAGACUGAAAGGAUACGACAUCAUUGGAAAGGCUGUUGCUUUACUUGAUAGGAAGUUUGAACUCACAUUCGUUGGAGCACCCCUAAAAGAACACAGCAAGAUAGAGAAGUGGUUUCUUGAAGAAACAGAAAUAGCUCGUAAUCAGUUAACGAUUCGAGGCUUCUGCGAUUCUGAAGAUAUGAAAAAGAUGUUCCUUGAACCUGACCUUAUCGCAAUGCCGUCUCGCGCAGAGGGCUUCGGUCUGGUGGCGCUCGAAGGAAUCUCAGCUGGGAUCCCUGUUCUCAUUUCUGGGGAAUGUGGGAUUGCUAAAGCAUUAGAGCAAGUGGAUGGUGGUAGGUCGGUGGUCGUAUCUUCAGACUUUCCAGAGGAGUGGGCAAGAAGAAUCCGUUUAUUGUCAGAACAGACACCCGAUGAAAGAAAUGAUCGAGCCCUAAAGCUUGAUCUCAUCCUAAGUAAACAUAUUUCUGAUGAAGUCAUGAUUCCCUGGAAGCAUUUCUCAAUACAAUUAUUGACUGAAAUCUUGAAUCCCCAUAUAGAUACUGCUAACAAUGUGAAAAUCCCAGCUCCACCAUCGCAAAAGAAAAGAAGACCUUUUCAAAGAAGGAUGAAAGGAGUUGCUCAAACAGGUGAAACUUCGGAGGGUGAAGAAAAAAAAGAAUUUCAUCCGUUGCACCUAGCUUCACUGAAUGGCAGCAUCACUGAAAUGGAGGCUCUACUCUCUCUUGGAUGUCCUGUUGACAUAAGAGAUAGCACAGGAAGAACACCACUAAUGAUCAGUGCAUUCUAUGACAAGAUACAUGCUGUCAGCUACUUACUAGAAAAGGGAGCAGAUCCCUCUCUAGUCGAUUGUGACGGAUGGAAUGCAUUACAUUUUUCUUCAAAGGGUUGCAACCUUGACAUCAUAAACCUCAUUCUGAAUUAUAUGCCUGAUAUUGAAUCAAAGGAUUGGAAAGGAUGGACUCCACUAAUGAUCGCUGUUUCCGCUUCCUAUGGAAAGCCUCAGAUUGCAAGGUACCUUAUUGAAAAUGGCUCUGAUCCUUCUCAAGAAGAUCCUUCUGGAUGGAAUUCGUUACAUUGUGCCUCACAGGGUGGGUGCCCGGAUGUAAUUGAGCUGCUUCUUCACUAUGUGCCUGAUAUCGAAGCUCGAACUGCUAACGGUUGGACGCCCUUAAUGAAUGCUGCUGGUAAUGGUAAACUAGAGGCGGCAAAGUAUUUGCUUGCAAAGGGAGCAAAUCCAACAGCAGAGGAUGACAAUGGGUGCAAUGCAUUACAUUUUGCGUCAUGGAGGGGUGACCCUCAUAUCAUUGAGCUUAUUUUUAGCCACAUGCCUGAUAUUGAUGCCACAAAUUCUGAUGGCUGGACACCUCUAAUGGUCGCCGCAUGCAAUGGUAAGCUAGAGGCAGUCAGGUGCCUAAUUAAAAAUGGAGCAGAUGCUUCGCUAGAGAAUGAUGAGCGAUGGAAUUCAUUUCAAUGUGCAGUGAAGGGUGGUAACCCUCAAAUCAUCGAAAUCAUCCUGAGUUACCUUUCUGAGACCUGUCACAUGCCUGAUGUUGACUCAAGAUGUGUGGAUGGCAGAACGCCUCUGAUGAUUGCCAUUUCGUGUGGCAAGCUACAGGCUGUAAAAUACCUUCUUGAAAUGGGAGCAGAUCCAUUAUUAGAGGAUAACGAUAAAUGUAAUUCUUUGCAUCAUGCCUCAAAAUGUGACCCAGGAAUCAUGAAGCUACUGCUGAGUCAUGUGAGCAAAAGACAAGAUGCACCUUCACGAGUCUCAAAUGAAAGAAACAAAGAAGAACAAAACAAAAACAAAGCUUCAGUGACAGAGAAAGUUGAGUGCAGGUCAAAUGAAACAGAAGGAACACACAAGAAGAAGAGUUUGACAGUUUUGACAGCAUCAGGUAAAUUUUCUACAAAUCCUUGAGCAAUAAAUAAUGUCU